GUGGAUUUGUCAUCAUGAUAUUCGCCCCGUCAGUCCUCCCUUAUCUUCAGCCUUGGCCCCGCCCUCUUCUUCGCCACCUCCUGUCAGAGUUCUGGCCUAAUGGCUGCGCAGCGUCAUGGAGACGGCUGAGCACGAAGGGCCACGCCCCUCAGUCUGUGAUUGGUCAGGACUCGGCGCAGGUGUUAGGCCAGUCAUACCCGCGUGAUGACUUCACCAACGUCACUCCAAAGAUCUUGGAAAAGGUGGGCCGCAACCUCCACAACCAAUCCCAUCAUCCUCUCUGGCUGAUCAAGGAGCGCAUCAAAGCUCACUUCUACAGCUCGUACAUCGGCCGUUCGGGAAACCCCCUCUUCUCCAUCCACGACAACCUGAGUCCUGUGGUGACCACGGAGCAGAACUUUGACAGCUUGUUGAUCCCGCCCGGACACCCCAGCAGGAAACGAGGAGACAACUAUUACCUGAACAGGACGACGAUGCUUCGCGCUCACACGUCCGCCCACCAGACGGACCUGGUGAGGUCGGGGCUGGACGCCUUCCUGCUGGCCGGAGACGUUUACAGGCGGGACGAGAUCGACGCCAGCCACUACCCCGUCUUCCACCAGAUGGAGGGAGUGCGACUCUUCUCCAACCGCCAGCUGUUCUCCCGGGUGCAGAACGGUGGCGAGCUGUCUCUGUUCGAGCGAGGAGGGCGGCGGUCUCCCGAGAAGCAGGAGACGCACACUCUGGAGGCGGUGAAGCUGGUGGAGUUCGACCUCAAACGCACUCUGACACAACUUGUCUCUUACCUGUUCGGAGCAGAUCUCGAGAUCAGGUGGGUCGACUGCUACUUCCCCUUCACUCACCCGUCCUUUGAGAUGGAGGUGCGUUUCCAGGGCAACUGGAUGGAGGUGCUGGGCUGUGGCGUGAUGGAGCAGGAGCUGCUGAACUCUGCGGGGGCGGGGGACAAGCUGGGCUGGGCGUUCGGUCUGGGCCUGGAGAGGCUGGCGAUGGUCCUCUACAGCAUCCCGGAUAUCCGGCUGUUCUGGAGUCAGGACGAGCGCUUCCUCAAACAGUUCAGAGUUCAGGACAUCCACCAACCCGUCUGCUUCCAGACGCUCAGUAAGUACCCACCUCUCCAUAACGACAUCUCCUUCUGGCUGCCGAACGGCAAAGAGAGCGAGGCAGGCAGAGAGAGCUUCACAGAGAACGACUUCUACGAGCUGGUGCGCUCCAUCGGAGGAGACCUGGUGGAGAAAGUGUCUCUCGUGGACAAUUUCACACACCCAAAGACCGGGAGGCGGAGUCAUUGUUACCGCAUCAUCUACCGCCACAUGGAGCGAACUCUGACCCAGCAGGAGGUCCAACGUGUCCACCAGCAAAUCGAACAAGCUGCCGAGAGCGAGCUGGGCGUGCAGGGCCGAUUCUGACACACACACACACACACACACACACACGCACACGCACACACACACACACACACACACACACACACAUAAAUGUAUUUCUAUACCUCAGAGCUGUUAAGCAGCUUCGUCACAUCCCCGUAGCUGUGAGAUUUCACUGUGAGGGGAAACACGUUGACUUCAAUAAAGACGUCACUGUCUUUGAUGCUGCGCACACACACACACACACACACACGCACACACACACACACACAGCAGUAGCUUUGCGGCUCCUCUCGAGGCUGAAACAUUCACUCGUGUCACUUUUAAUUUCCCACACACCUCCUCGGCCGUUUGGACCUCGGCAGCUGCUCGGACUACAGAGCACAUCAGAGCGUCUUUAUCAUCCCUGCCUCGGAUAAUAAAUCCAUCAGACCGAACCGAGCGCCGUCUGCACAUCCUUCGGAUGUUUUCCGGUUUGUUCCGUAUUUAUUAACGUCGCGGUGCUCGCCGGGCGGACACAGAAAGACCUCGCCGCGUUGAGACGUGACGGCCUCUGCAGCACAUGAGAAUGAGUCACUUUCAGUGAUUUGUGUUUCCAUCAUUAUUGUGACAAUGAUAUUCUGAGAGGAGCCGGCAAAUUCAGCUUUUGGCUUCUUAUUUUUAAAUGUGCAAGAACAUGAUGUGCAGAUACAGAAAUAAAUCAGCAGCAGACGGAUGCAGGGGAAACUCUGCACCUGCAAAAGUUUCAGCAACUUCGGGAAGGCGUCAGCAGCGUGGAGGUGGGCCUGGUCUGGUUUAAGUGAGCUGGACCUCACAGGGCUGGUGUUUGACGUAGACCUCACAGGGGUUCAGGUGUGGGCCGCCGUCUGUGUUUAGAUAAAAACAUUAAAAGUUUUUGGUCACGUUGUUGUU